UGAUGAUCAGUGAUCUGUGUGCUGCAGGAAUGUGUUUUAUCUGGACUGAUGUCAGUCAACGGGAAGAAGGUCCUUCAUAUGGACUCCAGCCCGUAUUAUGGAGGAGAAAGUGCCUCAAUUUCCCCUCUGGAGGAGCUUUAUAAGAGGUUCCAGGUUUCUGCUCCUUCAACAUCAAUGGGAUGCGGGAAAGACUGGAACGUGGAUCUGAUUCCCAAGUUCCUGCUUGCAAACGGUCCUCUGGUGAAGAUGCUGCUGUACACUGAGGUCACGCGAUAUCUGGACUUCAAGGUGAUUGAAGGCAGUUUCGUGUAUAAAGGAGGGAAACUUCACAGAGUCCCCUGCACUGAGACAGAGACACACAAUUCAGAUCUGAUGGGGAUGUUCGACAAGCGGCGGUUCCGUAAGUUCAUGUCCUUCGUCCUGAACUUCGAGGAGAAGGAUCCGCGGACGCAUCACGACAUGGACCCGCACAGAACCACCAUGAGGGACGUGUUUCGCCACUUCGACCUGGGAGACGAUGUGGUGGAGGUCACAGGUCACGCUCUGGCCCUUCACGUCAACGACGACUAUCUGGAGCAGCCAUGUCUGAUGACCAUAAACCGGAUCAAGCUGUACUCCGAGUCUCUGGCACGCUACAGUCUCAGCCCGUUCCUCUACCCGCUGUUCGGUCUGGGCGAGCUGCCGCAGGGCUUCGUCAGGCUCAGCGCCGUCUACGGGAACAGCUACAUGCUAAACCGCCGCGUGGACGAAAUCCUGAUGGAGGAUGGGCGAGUGGUGGCGGUGCGAUCUGAGGGCGAGGUCUUCCGCUGUAAGCAGCUGAUCUGCGACCCGAGCUACGUGCCGGAGCGCGUGAAGAAAGUCGGUCGCGUCAUUCGCGUCAUCUGCUUGCUCAACCACCCCAUCAAAAACACCCACGACGCCAACUCCUGCCAGAUCGUCAUCCCGCAGACGCACCUCAACAGGAAGUCAGAUAUCUACAUCUGUUUGCUGUCCUUCGCUCAUAACGUGGCGGCGGAAGGCAAGUACAUGGCCGUGGUCAGCACGAUGGUGGAAACCUGCAACCCGGAGAAGGAGGUCCAGCCCGGUCUGGCCCUGCUGGAGCCCAUCAUGGAGAAGUUUGUGAGCGUCAGUAACCUGAUGGUCCCCACGGACGACGGCCGCAGGAGUCAGAUCUUCGUCUCCCGCUCGUACGACCACACGCCGCACUUCCAGACCGAGACGGACGACAUCUUGGAUCUGUACCGACGCGUCACAGGCUCAGAGUUCAUCUUCAGGGAUCCCAGAGACGCCGACGCCGACUCUGACGACUGAACGAACGUCACAACACCAAACCCAUGAGAUCCUUCAUGCAUUCCAACACAAAACGCGGCUGCAGUGUUUCUCUUUUUUAUCCGUAGAUUAGCGUUUCUUUUUCUUUAGAGGUUUUAUGGUGGUUGGCAAAUCAGCUUAAAUGGUGCAUUUACCGCCACCAACUGGACAGGAGUGUGAAGCGUUGACUUGGAAUAAAAAAAACAAACAACACUUUUCAUACUAGCCUAUAUUCUGUUGAACAAUCCUGUUAAAGGUAUAGUUUACCCAAAAA